CCUGCUUAAUGAAGGCAUUAUGUAACUAUUCUUUUUAUUCAUAUGCUUUCUCAAACUGUAUUUUCAUUUCUAUUUCCAAAGGCAAUUUCCGAAAGCAGCGUAUAAACAAAUCGCCAUGUAUUGCAAGAAUUUUUCAAAGAAUGAAAACAAUUUAAGAGCAAUUUCAAUCAAGGCGGAUCGUCAAGAAACUCGUCUUUCAUACUGGACUGAAAAAAACAACCGCAUUCUCAAGUUGAUAUAAAGCAACAUGCUUUUUGACUAAUUCUUAUUCUCUUUACCUUUAUUUUUUUCUUUGUAACCAUGCGUUCUAUUCUUGCUAUUUCUACGGCUGUUGCUCUUUUAGCCGCAACAGUCUAUGCUGAUAACGCUGAUUUUGUAGCCCUUGAUUUCGCCGCUGAAGAAGUUUCUGCCCCUGUUGCUUUGACAGAUGCCUUCAGUACUUUCCGUUGGAAGGGCGAUUCUAUUGAUGCCAAGGAAACAUUCAGCAUCAAUGUCGAUGAGACUGCUCGUAUCCAAGUCACUGAUUACAAAAACCGUGGUGACGCUUUCGAAAUCUUUGAUAAUGGUGUCUCUUUAGGCAAGACCUCUGAAGUUGACCGUGUUAAGGAUGAAGAAGUCUUUGCUGCUACUCCUGAAGAAGCCCUCAGUGACGAUCGUUUCAGUAAGGGUAUCUUUGAAUUAGGCAAGGGUGAACACAAGAUCACUAUCAAGGCCUCUGGUCCCUAUGAAGCCGGUACUGCUGCUAUCCGUGUCAUUGAUAACCCUAAGGUUGAAUUCUACAAGAACAAGAAGCACGACGACAAGGACAAGGAUCACGAUAGUGACAGCGAUAGUGAUAGUGAUGAUGACAAGCACGAUAGUGGCAGCGACAGCGACAGUGAUGAUGACAAGCAUGAUGAUAAGAAGUGGGGCAAAGAUGAUGACAAGCAUGAUGACAAGCACGGCGAUAAGAAGUGGGGCAAAGAUGAUGACAAGCAUGAUGACAAGCAUGAUGACAAGCAUGAUGACAAGCACGGCGAUAAGAAUGGGGCAAGGAUGAUGAAGAUUACCACAAGGGCGGCUACUAUAAGGGUGACGAUGAAGACUACCACAAGGGCGGCUACUCUAAGGGUGGUGACGAUGAUUAUUACAAGGGCGGCUACUCUAAGGGGUGGUGACGAAGACUACCACAAGGGCGGCUACUCUAAGGGUGGUGACGAAUGGAACAAGGGCUACUCUAAGGGUGGUGACGAAUGGAACAAGGGCUACUCUAAGGGUGGUGACGAAUGGAACAAGGACUACUCUAAGGGUGGUGACGAAUGGAACAAGGACUACUCUAAGGGUGGUGAAAAAUGGAACAAGGGCGGUGAAAAAUGGAACAAGGGCGGUGAAAAAGAUUACUCUAAGGGUGGUGAAGAAUGGAACAAGGGCGGUGAAAAAGAUCACUCUAAGGGUAGUGAAGAAUGGAACAAGGGCGGUGAAAAAGAUCACUCUAAGGGCGGCAAAGAAUGGAACAAGGACCUCGAGAAUGGUAUAUUCGAUGUUCAUGAAUAUGAAGCCGGCCUCGCUCUCAACGACUUGUAUGACCUUAGCCGCACUAUGGUCAUUGUCGAGACUGAAAUUGUUAAUAUUGUUCCUCCAAUCAUUGUUGAACCUUCUCCCAUUGGAACUCCUUUGUAAAACCAAUAAUGCUUUUCAACACUUAGAAUACAAUAAUUUAUUAUUUUUUUAUCAUUGAAUAAAAAUA